UCUCCCUCACUUCUCUCUCUCUCUUAUAAUAUUAUCUUCACUGUCCAUAACCAUAUCUCCAUGCAGAAAACAUACUCUUUCUCCUGCAUGUCCUCUUGUGGCAGUGAUAGUGCCAGCUUUGAAGCUGACGAGAAUGGCAAUGAAGAUUCCAUUUCCCUCUCCCUUGGCCCUCCUUGCCACCACAAAUCCAAACUCCUUAACCCAAAACACACUUCUGCUCUGCGUGCUCAUCAGAAAAACCCUAACUCUGAUGACCCCACCGCUGUAACAGUUGCCCUCCACAUUGGCCUUCCCACCACCGCUACCAAACCUUCUUCCACUCCGCCUCAUGGCCGAUAUUGGAUCCCUACUACUCAACAAAUCCUUAUUGGACCAACUCAAUUCUCUUGCACGGUCUGUAACAAAACGUUCACCCGUUUCAACAACAUGCAGAUGCAUAUGUGGGGACAUGGAUCAGAGUAUAGGAAAGGGUCGGAGUCAUUGAGAGGGUCAAAAGCAGGUUCUUCGAUGCUGAGGCUACCCUGCUAUUGCUGUGAAGAGGGUUGCAGAAACAACAUAAACUAUCCGAGGUCAAGGCCACUGAAGGAUUUCAGGACCCUCCAAACACACUACAAGAGGAAGCACGGAGGGAAGCCAUUCGAGUGCAGGAAGUGUAACAAGGCAUUUGCAGUGAGAGGUGAUUGGAGAACACACGAGAAGAAUUGUGGGAGGCUUUGGUUCUGCAUCUGUGGUUCUGAUUUCAAACACAAGCGGUCCCUGAAAGACCAUGUCCGUGCAUUCGGCAAUGGCCAUGCUCCACACAGCUUGGGUGAAGAAAGAGAUGAUGAGAGUGAAAUGGUGUUUUUAGUUUGAAAUAAUAGAAGGUAGGUGUAUGGUAGGGUUUUAUUUUUGGUUGUAACUAGGAGUUGGAUUGAUCCAUUA